UUGUAGUUGGGAAAGGAGUAAAAAAGUGAGGGUUCUUCUCCGGCGGAGAGAGAAGGUGUGUCGCUCGCAGUCGCAAUGAUGAAAGUGAAAGGGAAGUAGCCAUGGCGUAUAGCAGACCAGUAGCAGCACCACCAGCACAGGAAGUUCGACAUGGUGAUCACUGGGGACUGCUGCUCUGCUGGGUAUGAGCCCUCUGAAUGACCAGUGAACCCGACUGAGGUUGACCUCUGAGAACACACAAGGACUGAUCCCCCCAAUCCUUCGCCUCGCCUUUCUCUCUCUCUUACUUCGCCCCGAAGCACCCACACCCACCCGACCCAGAGAGCCCAGUGGCAAGGGUGAAAGCAGCACUAGUGAUCAAGUGAGUGGGUUAGCAAGUGCGGUGAGGAGGUCUACUUUCGCCUUCACCCACCCAGUGACCAGUUUCUCUCAUCAGACCAACAUGCAGUGGUGACUUUGGUCAUCCGAAUGUGGUGCUGAGGGUGGGCAUGGCUCACCAUGGGCAUCUCUUCACCAAAAAAACUUUCCAUAAGCCCACCUACUGCCAGGUCUGCACCGAUAUGCUAUGGGGUCUAAUACAGCAAGGUCACAUUUGCGAAGUUUGCAACUUCGUAGUGCAUGAGCGAUGUGUGCGGAACGUAACAACGCCAUGUUCCACGGUGGCACUCUCACAUGUGCAGUCCCCCAUGGUCCAACAUUGUUGGUCGGAGCCUGGUCACUUCAAGCGAAAGUUUUGUCAAGUUUGCCGAAAGAGACUGGAUGAAACCGUAGGAAUUCGAUGUGAAAUCUGCGAGUAUUUUGUUCAUAUGGACUGCAUGGAACUGUCGGUGCCCAACUGCAAAGAAUGUGCCACAUACUUUCCAGGUCGGGAGUUGUCGUCUGUACGGCAUAUCCACACUUGGCGAGAAGGAAAUCUAGCCUCAAAUUCAAAAUGUGUUGCUUGUAAAAAGACUUGUUGGUCAUCGGAGUGUCUGACGGGCAAUAGGUGUGAGUGGUGUGGAUUUACGGCUCACGGGUUCUGUCUAAAACUGGUGCCAGCGGAAUGUGGUUUUGGCCAAUUUGAACCAAUUUACCUCCCACCACACGCCGUGUCCAUCCCCAGAACUGAAGUUCCGUGUUCAACCAUCAUUGGGGUUGCCUCCAAAACACUCACAAGGGCCAAGGACACCAUGACGAGAGAACUAUCUUGUCCACGAAGUAUAUCGGAGGAGUUUAGUAGUGGGGACCGAGAUUGUAGACCCGUUCCGAGUAGGGGGGACUCAGAGAGCGAUUCCAUGCAGCCCCCAGCACCACCCCCGAGCAAGCAUGACAAGGCGGACAAGGACGAAGAAACACUCAAGGUUUAUGAUGGGAACCAAGGACUCAGACGGCGUCUAUUUCGACCAGUUUCGGUCCAAAAGUCUGCCACCGUUGAUCAAAUCCUAUCGGCAGGCUUACGUGCAUUUCACAUAACGAAACCCACCGAGAAUUACUAUCUCACUGAUGCAUAUGACGAAGUUGGAUCAAGAGUUGCCGAUCCCAAUCCUAUAGCCAGUCUGAAACGUCGAGAGGGCAAACGUCCAGCAAUUUUCUUGAGAUUCAGGGAAGAGGAAAAAACUACUGGAGAAAUCCAAGUGUACUCUGGUCGACUGAAAACUGCCCAAAGUAUUGCAACGAUCGAAGUUUCGGACUCAUCCACCGUGUCGGAUGUAGUUGGUGCUGCAUUAGAUCAAUUUGGACUUGACCCUCAAACAAAACUAGCUUACAGAAUGCUUAAAGUUGUGGUGGAGAAAGGAACUGUCACUGAACGAGUUUUAGAAGCAGAUGAAAAACCGUGGCUGUUAUUAAAAGAACAUGCUCGAGAUUCUCUCCGACAAAUGGAGCAAAUUCGAUUCCACAUGCAGAGCUCUGAAGACCCGCAUGGAUCCACAGUCGCACUUUAUGUUGGAAAUCUAACUCCUAAUCUCAAUCAACGCCAGUACGAAAAUGUUCUACUCGAGUACAUAGGUCGGGAUAACAAGUAUAGUUCUAUAGGCCCUAUUUAUUAUGAGUACGGAAGUUUAGUUAUAACCUACGAGGACAGUCACAAAGCAGUGCAGGCGUUCUAUACGUUGAGAGAAUCCAUGCAUGAAGAAAAAAAUUUACUUGUGAUGAUGUUGCCAGCGUUAGCUCCGCAUAUGAUUCCUCAAGGGGUCACACCCCUCCUCGUGUUUGUGAAUGUCAAAUCUGGAGGAUGCCAAGGACAAGAGUUGAUUGGGUCAUUUCGAAAAUUGCUAAAUCCGUAUCAAGUCUUUGACCUUGACAAUGGUGGUCCUCUUCCCGGGCUUUACGUGUUCCGACACAUUGCAAAUUAUCGUAUUCUCGUAUGCGGAGGAGACGGCACAAUCGGUUGGGUGCUACAGUGUUUAGACAAUGUGGGACAAGACUCACAAUGCGAGUCUCCCCCUUGUGCCAUAGUCCCCUUGGGUACUGGGAACGACUUGGCCAGAGUCCUUCGCUGGGGCCCAGGAUACACAGGAGGUGAAACAAGAGAGGACGCUCAGACAUUACUUAAAGAUGUGAUUGACGCUGAAGAGAUUAGACUGGAUAGAUGGACUGUCGUCUUCCAUCCAGAUGAGAAGGCAGAGGACAAAAUGCCCGUCAACCAAGCAAAGCUUCUAUUUUCAGUGCAAAUUGGUGCAAGCGCGCAAAGUGAAGAUAACACAGCCAUUUAUGUGAUGAACAACUACUUUGGAAUAGGAAUCGAUGCUGACCUGUGUUUGGAUUUUCAUAAUGCAAGAGAAGAGAACCCAAAUAAAUUUAACUCUCGACUUCAUAACAAAGGUGUAUAUGUGAAGAUGGGAUUAAAGAAGAUGGUUUCAAGAAAAAUGUGCAAAGACCUUCAUAGAGAAAUUCGUCUUGAAGUUGAUGGAAAGCACAUUGAGCUCCCUCCUGUAGAAGGAAUAAUAAUUUUAAAUAUUUUAAGUUGGGGGUCAGGGGCAAAUCCAUGGGGACCUGAAAAAGAAGACCAAUUUUCCAAGCCAAAUCACUGGGACGGGAUGUUGGAGGUAGUUGGCGUUACAGGCGUGGUUCAUCUUGGACAAAUUCAGUCUGGGCUUCGUUCUGCUAUGAGAAUUGCACAAGGUGGACAUAUCAAAAUUCGACUCAACUCUGACAUGCCGGUUCAGGUCGACGGCGAGCCGUGGAUCCAAACACCGGGGGAUGUUGUCAUUCUAAAAUCUGCUCUAAAGGCUACAAUGUUAAAGAAAACGAAAAUGAAGCGACGAAAUACUGAAGCCAUAAUGUCACCGAUGACCGUCACAUGUCCAUCGCCCACACCCCCGUCCGCGUCCUCCCACCAUCAGCUCCCCAUCGAUGAUUGACUGCUCUUCCUCCUCCUUCAUCAGCGUUACAUUAUCGUGUCGUUCGACUACUCCUGGACUCUUCUUCUUGUAAUUAUUAAUACGAUUAUUACUACAAUGCUCAGCAUCAUGGGCAGAAAUGCAUACCUUGUUCCAAAGCCACAACAUCCUGCAUAUUUCCCCCUUCACCUUUGUGACUACUACUUCAAAGACUACGACCAAGGAGACGACAGGUAUGACGGAGGUCAACCAACAACGUUUUUCCAUGACAUGUUCACUUGGCUCGUUCAGUUGAGAUUCAGAUUACAAGUUUGUAUGCAUGAUUUUAUAAGUCAACUGUCACACACGGUCCUGUAUGCACAAUUUUAUGCAGUCAUCCAUCAGUUCCAUUCGUGCUAUUACUAUACUAUAUACAACGUCGUCGUCAUAUUCCACGUUAAUUUUAUUACCCAAAUUGAUCCUUGACUAGUUACAUGCAUAUUUCUUUUCUAGCAUUACAAUUUAUGAUGAGUUACAAGACUUUUUCUCAGCCAGAGUUACAACCAUGUAUAUAUGUAAACGAGUACUGGAUUUCAUUUGCUUUCACUAUUGCUAUGCGUGGUCAAAAUAUAUUUCCUAUACAUUUGUGCAAUUCGUUCAGUGAUAUAGAGUACAUUUUCAAUACCAAUUUCACAAAGGUGCAAACGUAGUCAAUACACAUUAUAUUUACACUACGCAAAUAUACAUUACACACACACCAACACAAACACACAAAAAACACAGUCGAGCCAUUCCACUCAAUACUUAAUAAUAAUGUAGACAAAGAGAUGAUAGCUUUUACAUGGGCGAUUGAACGGGAAAAGAGAUGGGAAGAAGGCGUUGGAGGAGUUUUCCUCGAGUCACGGCAACUACAGGCGUCGUCCACGAGUGUCUUCAACGCUUCUUGGUGGGCAGGAAGUGGAGAUGCUUUUCUGAGAGGACGAGUAGUAGUUGUUGUAAAGAAGGGAAUGAAGGCAAAACGUGUGUAAAAUAAUAAUCUCUUACUCAUUGAAACGCUUCACUCACAUUAUUGGAGGAAAGUAAACUGAUAACAAGAAAAUGUAUUUUUGAUCAUGUUUUGUGUUCUUAUUUCAUAAAAAAAGAGGAAAGAAUUGAGAAUAGCUGAAACAAAACAAUGAUUUGAAGUUGCCAAAAUUUUUCUCUGAAAUUUUCGUGUAUUCGUGAAGAGCGAGAUGAUAUAUACAUAUAGAAAUAUAUACAUGGAUGAAAGAGCAGCAAAAACUGUGAGUUAGGUGAUAAAUGGAUGGACGGAUGUGAGAUACAUAUUUAAUACAUGUUAUGUUGGUUAUCUUCACACGUAUAGUUUCUUUUGUGCCAUAAUCUGCAAUGAUACACUGGGGGAGAAAACAAAGGAGAAAAUUAGUGAGAGCACUUGGUUCACUCAGUAUUAAAAAUCGACGCAAACAUUUCUUACCUAUUAUCCUCCUCAUGCAUACUACUUUGAGGCAUCUGCUGAGUUGUGCCGUCUUUUCAAAAUUAAUUAAAACCAAGUUAAGCCCACAACAUCAAUUAUUAAAUUUCCAAACUACAGUUGGAGUGCAUUAUGAAGAAAAUUAUUAAGUAAAAUAUAUCGCUCUUUCGAUUAGAUUUUGUUCCAUUCCUGAAACUUCUUUUGGUUUUCCUCGUCUCACUACUAAUGUUGCUGUUGAUGUUGUUGUUACCACUACAAAUUACUACUAUAUGACAUUGUCCAAAUAGGAAAAGGUUUCGACUUUGAUAUAUGUCGAGCAGAAAAAUUCACUUAAGCCAGUCAUGACAUAACCAGUGAAAGAAAUCACAAAACUUGUAUGCACCACCCAGUUCUUAAAGACUAACUUAUUGGACAAAAAUGAAACAUUUCCACAACACAUACAGCCAACUAACCAACCGUUUUAAUACAUCAAAGGUACACAAUUUGAGAAAUCACAUACGAACCUGCUGAACCAUAGCCAUCAAUUAACGGUUUUAUUACAGAGGUUCUAAAUUAUGAUAAGUUUUUGCAGGACGACAUUGUUAACUAAUUACUUCCCAUGUUCCCCCCACCAGUUAAACCUCACGUGAAAUAGUUCUAUUUAUUAUUACCACUACUACUACUACUAAAUACUACUAACGACUUUACUACCAUUUAAACAAGAAGUCAUACCAUAUUGUUCAAUGUGUGUUUGUUCUUGAUUCUCGGUUCAUGUCCGGAGACAAGUAAAAUUCCUCGUGAAUUUUCUUUAGUGCAGCAGUUUAAUUGCUGGAAACCAAACCAAUCCUAACCUGCAAUUGUAAUCUAACUAUAAUGUAAUGAUGGUGAUUAUGUAUAUUACGCAGUUGAUAAAGUUUGCCAUGUUUUUUUAUUAAUGCUAAAAAUAGGUACAUACAUACAUACAUAUUAUUAAGUACUCGGUGUAUGCAGUUACAUUGUUAGAACUAUCGGCACAAGCGACUGUUUCUAAACGGGUCUUGUCGGUAAUGUAUUAAUUGUGUUGGUUUCAAUUGUUACACACAUCAUAAUAUUAUCUUAUGCAGUCAGCCACUCAUCAUCGUAAUAAGUUAGCCGUGAUUCCUUUACCAAAGUCCAAAUGAACACUUGUAUUAUUUAUAUGAAAACGAGUCAUUUGUUAAAAAUUCUCAGGACAUUGUGACGACAUAUUGUAAGUAGGUAGGGGUUUCACACUAGAAGCCUUUCAAACUUGCCAAGUCAAUCAUUUAAUCAAUUCUACUCUCAUAUAGUUUUAAGCGUAUUUUAUAAUGACAAGAGGAAUUAUUAUUAUAUUUAUUUUGGAAUUCUUUAGAAAGUGUAUUUAGCUAUAACUGCAAUUUUAACUAAGUUUGUACAUUUAAAAGAGUAUUUAUUCUUGAGUUAUUUACUAUUAAUUACUUUCUCACCGUGUGUGACCACACUUUUAUGCAUUUACAUACGUACUUUUGUUUAUUGUAAAACGGCAGAUGAAAAUGUUCCAUUAAGCUGAUGAAAGCCAUGCCUUUUACGCAAGGAGAAGAAGAUGCUUACAUAUUUACAUAUAUUGUUAUAUACGCUUUUACAAACCUGAAUUGAUUUUUGUAACUUUUUGUGUUAUUGCACCAAAGACCGUGUAUUAUUACAUAUUGUUACGUAUUGCAAAUACUUAGAUCAUAAUAAUUUACUAUUAUUCCUACAUGUAAGUAAUGUCAAUAUUAUGUAUUACCACAUCAAAGCUUGUAGAAUUUUUCAUGUUCUAUAAUAACCUGACAAAACGAUGCACAGAAUUUUAGUCAUUUAUUAACAUAUAUUAUUAAGUAACAUAGGCGUCCUUAUAUAUAUAUACAUACAUUAACUACUAUGUAUACAUAGAGCGAGAAUAUGAAAUCCUGAAGUAUUGCUGUAGUUGCUAGAACUCAUACACAUAUUAUUAUAUUAUUGUAUAUCAAACAAGUCUGUGGCUCUGAGAGUACAUAAACCAACGCAUAAAAUUCACAGAGGAGAAUCAAAAAUGAAUUUGGAAUCAUAUGGUCUAACUGCAUUUCAAGGUGGUCACAAGGGGUUCAGUAAUUAUAAAAUGUGUCUCGUAUUAAAGUUCAUUAAAAAACGGUGGUCUAGCAGACAGCCCAUGUAUUUAUACAUUGGUGGUGUUACACACACGCACACACAACACACAGACUAUCCAACAUAUUUCGUCCCAUGAUAACAAAACCGAUGGGCGUUUAUUUCGAAAUCCCUGUCGUGCCACUAAAUUGGGACGAGAACUUAUUGAACUUGGAUACUUGCAUCCCAUUGUGCUUCACCUUUAUCCACUGAGAGAAAGUAAAGAAAGGGCUCGGUUACUUUUUCUCACAGAGAGUCUCGUUUCACAUACACUAAGCUGGGGACUUUUCCAUUUAUGCAUGAGAAGCUCAUUCUCAUCUCAAAAUCUUCAUGAAAGUCGAAAGCAAAAAAAAAAUGAAACACUGACUGGAAAAAUCAUGAGAUAGUAAAGUGCACGAUCAUUACCAACGUGGUUAUCGUUCGUUGCCAUAAACGCCCCCCACUUCUUACCAUGCCUUUCCACGUCUCAGAGAGUGAAAGUAACUUUUACUUCCUCUUGCCAUAGGUGGGAAAUGCAGUUGGGUCUAUCUUGUCAAUUAAUCAAUUGAUUAUUAAAUUGUUAUUAUUAUUGUUAUUAUUACUCCUCGUUGUAAGCUACCAAUUAAUAUAGUUGAUUAAUUAUUA